AUGCAGGGAAGAAAGUGUUGUCUUCAUUGUCCAGGCACUUGGGUUGCUUCUCAAGAACGACAAGAACACGAUUGUAAUCUUCCCACUUAUAUUAAAGGUAAUCUAAAAUUAACUUCACUGAAAAAGUACGUUCCGGGUGAAGAAGAACGAGCUGAAAGACUUCGAAGAAGUCCAGAAAAACCAAUACCACACCGUCCAUGUUCUGUUUAUGACAGAUUUGCAAUUGCUAAAAAAUUCCAUGCAGAAAAUCUUCAACAUCAACCACUGCCAGAUAAGGUUGACGAUUCAGUUUUUAAAAAUGUUAGAUAUGAACAAAGAAAACUUGAUGAAAAUUGUGUAAGUGAUAAAAAACUCAAUGAAACUCGCACUGGUCCAUCUGCAUUUAAAUCUCGCCAUAAAGUCAAAGCAGGUCUCCAAUAUGCUCCUGCACUUGGUUGUAAAACUCCUACUACUAAUAUGGACCUUGCUAUAUGUUGGGAAGCACCAGUAGAUCCUUGUUAUGAGCCCCCUUGGCCUACUCACAUUGAUGGUUCUGAUGGUGGUCCAGCUCCAGCUAUUUUUACUUUGGUUCAGCAUGAAAAUGGUGAUGAGUUAACUUAUAAAUCACCUGUGAAAAGAUUUGAAGCUAAGUUUUGUAAUGUCAAAAGUCGAUGUAAAUGUAAUACCAUGGGAGAUUAUAAUUGUAAUCAAGAGAACAAUCAAGCUACCUGUAUUUGCUCCGAAAAACAAAACGAAGUUAGGGAAAAUAAUAAUAACUGUAACGAUGCAAAUGAUCUUUGUAACAAUUUAGAUGCUGUUCAUAUUUCUGAGUAUGCACAUAAAAUAUAUAAACCUGGUAAAAAUAAUCCUCAUAGAAGACAGCCAAUUCAUUUAAGAAACUGUUCUCCUUGUCAAUGCAAGGGAGAAAGAAAUAGAAGACCUCGAUCACGAUCAUUGCAUUCGGCUCCUGUCGUGUAUCAAGGCACGAAAAAUGUCAAAAGAAAUGGUUUGUCAACUAAAUUCACCAUUCCAAGACCUAGGACUCCUUAUGCUAGAAGAGAAUUCUGCAUUGAUACGCUUACUCCACCUUUUAGUAUAGUUCAAGGCUGUCGAGAUGCUGAUUAUCCUGAACAUUGGAGGCUUACUUCCGUUUAUCAACAAUCAUACAAAAAUCCUAGAAAAUAA